CGGAUUGUCCGGUAUAUAUUAUUAAUAAUAAAUAUAAUAUUAUAUAAAUAUAUAAAUAUAAUAAAUUAUUAUUAUUAUUAUCAUCAAAUCGAUAUUUUUCAAAAAAAAGUUUUUGUGAGUUUUCCAAAAAUUUUGAAAGAGUUUUUGAAUUUUUUCCAGAAAUGUGCCGGUGUGUUUGGACAUUGUUUUUCUUAAGUCUAGUCGGUCUGGGAUCCAGCGCUCCUGGAUUCCGGAAGGGUAUGAGUGAAGAAGCCGAAACGUCGUUGAAUAAAUUUUUAAAAGUGUACUUGGAUGAAGUGGAAAAUGACGGGGUGUCUGAUGAUGACUUGUAUGGAAAGAUGCUAGGGGAUCAACCACAGGACGAGAACACUAUACACCAUACUGGGUCCAGUACGACUGGAGAGUCUAGGAAUAUAACUUCUGUUGAAUAUUCCAGAGCAAUGAGGAACAGAAAUCGCCCAAAUGAUCCCGAUGAAAGAUCAAGAGAGAAUCGCAUUCAAGAGCUGAAAGAUACGAUCUUAAAAUAUAUAGGAAGGAAACCCGAGGAUGAACUACCUAACGUGUCUGUGAAUGUUACCAAAGAUUUACCAAAGUUUUGGAACUUACCAAACAUCUCAUCUAACGAUCAAGUCACCGAGAAGAUUCGCAGCUUUUACCCAUCAUGUGAAAUCCCGGCAAAUACUGACCAGGACCUAUGGAAAGAUGACGAUAUGAUGAAUCUUUUCUUUAAUUUUGAUAUUUUCUCGGAAACUAAAAAUUCAAACAUCGCAACAGCGACGUUAAGGUUAUAUAGACUUCCUGAAAAUAAUACAAAAACAAAUAAUAAACCAGACUGUGAGAGUUUUAACUCUGCGGAGGAAGAAAAAUUGUUAAGAGUAUCUAUAUAUUGGUACACGAAGUCGUUAAAAAAGAGGAGAGUUAAGAAACGCCUCUCUGACAGUAAAGUAAUAUCAGAAACAGCACAAUGGAUAGAUCUCAGUGUCAAACCAGCAACCAAGGCCUGGUCAAGAGGUCGAAACCUUGGUCUAGGAGUGCUUGUAGAGGAUCAGGAAGGAAAUAAUCUGAGAGCAAAUCGCAUCUUCAAAGGAACAUCAUGCACGGUUGGAUUUUCCACGCCAAAACCCAUACCUACCCUCAUCGUUGACGCAGCCCGACAAACAAACGAACUGGACAGAAUUCAUAGCCUACUUGGACGCAAUUCAACAUCAGCCUUACAUAGUGACAUACAUAUGCUCCCAACAUUAGAUAUUUGUACUUUGGAGUUCCCAGAAAACUACACUUUUUCAGCAAAAUCUCGAAUAAACGCCUGCAAUCUUAAAAAAAUAUACGAACAAAGCCAGUUCAUGGCAGAAAAAGAAAAAAUGGAGCGCUUAGCGUCAUUGCCCGAUCUAGUAAGGCCACAGUCUCAGCAGAGGCAUAUCAGGCAUCAACGGCAGCAUAUGAGUAACAAGCAGACUGAGGAUUUAGACACUCAUGACAUUAGGUCUAGGAUAAUGGGACAAAAGAUUGUCCUAAGGCACGAGGAAUUACAAAACUUGACGCAUAAUAAUCCAAAUCUGUCUGUAAUUAACCGAUAAUUAUUUUUUCAAUAUCAUAAAUGAUAAGACUGUGUUGUAACUUGAUAGGUUAUGUUUCUAUUUGAUUCAUUUUAGAAUUUUUUGUAGAUAUAACAAGUAGGUACCGUAAAAAAUUUCCUAUUAUCCAAAGGUCUUGAUUGAAUUUUUAAUGACUUUUCGAACAUGUAAUUAUUUAAUCUCAUAAUAAAAGAUUUUUAAUUUAUACUUAAAAUAUCUAUACAUGUGGUAACUUUUUUCUCGGAGAAGUGAAAACCAAUCAUUUUAAAGACAUCUUUCAGAUGUCACAAACUGAAAAAAUAGUAAACUAGCUUUACAAGAACCAUAAGCACAUUUGUCGGUUUACAUCUUGCGAAAAAAGAAAUAUUUCCAUAAAUAUUUACUCAAUAGUAGUUGUUUUAAAUAGUUACUAUUGGGUGAUACUAUCACUGAUCUAACAGUUAGUACUAGUAGAUCUUGUAGGAUGUCUUUGUUUUGUGGUGAACCAUUGCCUAGUACUUAAGACAUUAUUUUGGAAUCGUUCUAUUAUCGCUAAGCUGGAUUUUUCAAAACGGAUUUAGUAUGGCAUUGUAUGCUAGUAGUUUGUUUCUUAUUGAUGACUAGGACUUUUUCCAAGUAAUCAAUAUUAUUUUCUACAUGUGGUGUCAGGAUGUUUAUUUUUUUUUUCUUCAAGAGUCUUCUUCUUCUUUUUCUUUUUGUAUAGACAUGAAUCUGUCUGUUUUUUCAAUGUGCCUCUAGUAAGUUUUCGUUCCAUCGUUUUCGUGGUCUUCCCACUGAUCGUCUUCAUAUUGGGGACCGUCUUUCGCUGUCCUGACUACCCUAUUUGCUGCCAUUCGGCUUAUGUGGUCAUUCCAUUAUAUUCUUCUGUUUCUUACCCAGUUAUUAAUGUUAUCCACCUUGCAUCUCCGUCGUAUAUCUGUACUUCUAGCUCUGUCCCAUAGAGUCUUACCAUCGAUUUUUCGAAGGGUUUUCAUCUCCGCUGUUUCGAGCAAUCUUUUUGUCCUCUCUGUGUCGGGUCGUGUUUCUGCCGCGUAUAUCAUUAUUGGUCUGAUGACUGUUUUGUAAAUUCUACCUUUCAUUUCUUUUCCGAUAUUUUUAUUUCUCCAUAUUGUGUCAUUCAGGCAACCUGCGGCUCUGUUUGCUCUAUUCACUUGAUCUUCCACUUCUGUUUCGAGUCUUCCGUAGCUAGAUAGUAUGAUUCUAUUUAAACUCCAUCACUUGUUCUAUUAUAUGACCUUCCAACUCCAAUUUACAUCUUAUUGGAUCUGCUGUUAUAACCAUGCAUUUUGUCUUUUUUGAGGAAAUUAACAUGUUAAAUUUUCUGGCGAUUAUGUUGAAUUGGUGCAGCAUACGUUGUAAAUCAUCUUCACUUUGAGAGAUUAGUAUUGCAUCGUCCGCAUAGCAGAUUAUUUUAAAUUGUUUUUCUCCCAUUUGGUAUCCUUUUUUAGUUCUUACUUUUUUUAUUAUUUCGUCCAUGAUCAGUUUGAACAAUAAAGGACUCAAGGAAUCCCCCUGUCUUAUUCCAUUGCCGGCUUCAAUUGGGUCAGUUAGUAAUCGACGCUGCAACAGAAUCACUUGGAGAGAGAGAAGUAACGAAUACUAGAAGAAAACCCCGUGGUUUAGAGAGAAAGUUAAGAUAAAAUGCGAAGAAAAGAAGAAAGCCUUUUUACAAUACAGAACAAAACAAACACAACAGGCAUACAACCACUACAAACGAAUCAGAAACGAAACGAAUACUUUAGUGAGUCAAAUAAAAAGGGAGCACUGGCAGAGUUUCUCAAAACAGAUGGAACACGACUUCUACGGAACACAAAAAGAAGUAUGGAGAAUGAUUAGAGGGCAAAGAAAGGAGAUGAACGAAUUCUUCAAGAGUGAUCCAUACAAUGGUUUUGUCCAUAAAUAGGCCUAGUACUUUACAGUAUCUACCAUGGAGUUGAUGCAUCUUUGAGUAAAAUUUGAAGUGAUGACAAUGCGAGAUAACUGUGUGGCUUACACGAUGUGUUCUGCUCUAACAAGGUGAUCAUCUGAAUUUACCGCCAUUUGUUCAUCUGUUUUAAUUGUACCUGAUGUAGCCCUUUGUCAAAGGUUUAACUCACAUCGAUAAAUGCUGUUAAGCAUUAUUUCUUGUUUUCAAAAUAAUUUUGGAUUAACUUUAUCAUUCGAUAGAUGUAUGUUUUAUUGUUGAAUUUUUUGUUUUGAAACCGAAUGUAUUAGUCUCUUCACUAGUUUUUCAGUUAGUAGAUGUAUUGGUCGGCAAAAAGUUGUCUAGUAUUGAGGUUUUCUAGGUUUGGAUAUUAGGAUUGAGCUGGAAUAUAUACGAGUAUUAUGAUUGUGUUUAUAAAGGAGAAGCAUACCUUUUCGGAAUAAUUAUUUCAUGAUUUUCCUAGUGAUUAAGCCGUGCCCUGGGGUAAUAUUUUGCAUUUUAUAAUAUGUUGGAGUGUUUAAAUUAAGAAAGAAAAGUUAUUUCGUAAUUUUUAUUUAUCCGCAUUGCAAGACGAUGGAAAACUGUUUGUAGCAGCUAGCGAAAGCUGCCUUAUCUCUGUUGGUUUCUCACCAUAGGUUGUUGUCUGUGUUCCCUUUUGACGUUAGGUUUUCGGUAUAAUUUUAGAAACCUCGUUUGUAAUAUUCAUUCUUUAAAGCAUUUGAAUAAGCAUUCUUUUAAACGUUUAUAUUCCACUGUAAUUAGUUAUAUUUUCAGGAAAUCUUGUGUUUUGCUAGAUUUUGUUGGUGUUAUUCUUCUUUAGUCUGCUCUCUUUUACUUAAAGAACGAAAGCUCCUUUUUGGGAACCGACCAGUGAUGCUAUUGAUUUGCAAGGGGUGUCCUGUAUUAAUUCUGUAAAUUUUUGCACUUGAUUGUACAUUUCUUUUAUUUUUAAUCAGAUAUUUGUAUUUACUUCGUGCUCUAUUAUUUCCCUAAAUAGAUUUUAGUUGGUAGCAUUACGAUGAAUUAUCGGUGGUCUUUGUGUUACUUGGAUUUUGGUUGAAACCGUAGCUCUUGCUGGUUUAUGAUCUGAUGCAAUAUCGUAAUUUGGUUAAAUCUUAUGGUUAAAUAUUAUUUGGAAAAUCCUUUAGUCACAAAGAACUUAAGUCAAUCUGGGUAUUUGUAGGGGUCAGUAAGUUCGUGCAUCCGUGGAAAGAUAAUUAUUGAAUGACUUCAUACAGCUUUCCUCCUUUUCUUGUCGCUGUAAGACGAGAUCUCCAACUGGUGUGGUUUGCAUUGUAAUCAUCUCUUGCUGGGAAUAGUUGAUUUCAUCGUCAUUAUCAACAGUCGCUUAUUAUAUCCGAUUGACAACGGGCAAAUAUCCAUCCAACAAAUAUGGGACUUGUUUAUUUUCUUUAGCAGAUUUUAUUAGUAUGAAUUAGAAAUCUUUUAUGAUGAUAGGAUAGAAAUUUUAAUUUAAUUUUAGUUUUUCUAGAGUGUGCCAAUAUUGGAUCAAUUAAAAAACAUUUUUAUUCACUUUAAUUAUUAUUGUUUCUUAGAGGAAAUUAGUUUUAAUAGAUCCAUUAUUCUAAAAUGUUUAAGUGUGUAUAUAAAAUGACAAGAACUUUAUCCGAAAUAUUUGAUAGAGCGUAUUGAAUUAUCCAGUUUAUACUAGUGUUAACUACAACUAAUGUUUGAUAGAAGUAUUAUAAUUAUUGAUGUACCAAUUUGUACCAAUUAUACCGUAAGAAGCAGGGCGUAAAGGUUAAAAAAAUAGAUUGACAUAAAUACUUAGUCACAUAACAUUACUUGAAAACAUGCAACCUCUUCUUCAUUAGGUGCCUUUUUUAUUUCAAUUGAACGGCCAACAUUACUGCAAAUUGAUUAAUAGCCGAGUCGGGAUAGCAUUUGACCUUGCAUUAGGAACUGCCUUACAUUUUAUUUUUCUAAUCUUUAGGUAGAGUCAAUAGUAGUGCAAAUUUAAAAUCUCGACUGAAUUCCACGCUUGCGUUAGCCGCCAUCUUGAUUUUAAACGAAAACCGUUUCUGCUCAAUAUCUCCGCCAUUUUCAACUUUUCGACAAAAAUUAUACAAACUAAAAUUGUUUAAAAUAUGAUUUUUUAUAAUUUCAUUUAUUACAAUUUUUUCCGUGCGGUCGAUAUUUUCCGAGUUAUGGCGGAAAAUAGUGACAGUUAGAGCAUACUAAUUGAAUUAUCUCGUUUAAUAUUAGUUUUACAACAAAAAUGAACCUAUACAAAAAUGAAGAAAAUUAAAUUUUAAACAAUUUUGACCUCCUUCACUUUUUUGCUAAAAUCAAUAUUUAAGGUAGUAGGUAUGAGGUAAAGGCGCGAGCGUAAGACCUGAUCCAUUUUAUACCAAUUGUUUUUGUUCAAUGUCUACGCCAUUUUCAACUUUCAACAAAAACGGCCAGAACUAAAAUUGUUCCAAAUAUGAUUUCCUAAAAUUUCUUUUUUAACAAUUUAUUUCGUGCGGUUAAUAUUUUCAGAGUUAACCGAGAAAAUAUUAAAAAGUGGUGGGGGGAGUAUAAUUAUUGAAUUAAAUCUUGUUUCCGAGCUGCUCCAAAUUUUAUACUUCUAAUCUUUAGGGGAGGUUAUUAGUAGUAUAAAUUUAAAAUCUCGACUGAAUUCCGUCGUUGCGUUAGCCGCCAUUUUGAUUUUAAAGGUGAACCGUUGUUGCUUAAUAUCUCCGUUAUUUUCAACUUUUCGACAAAAACGGUAGGACCUAAAAUUUAUGGAAAUGCAAUUUUCUUAAUUUCUUUUGCAGAAUUUUUUAUAUGCGAUCAAUAUUUUCCGAGUUAAGGGUGAAAAUAAUGGAAGAGGUGGGAAAGCAUAAUUAAUGAUUUGUCUCGUUUAUUAUUAACUUUACAACAUAAUUGAGCAUAAACAAAAAUAAAGAAAAUUAUAUUUUAUACAAUUUUUGAAACUUCUAAUGAAACACCAACCAAACUACAUAAAAGACAUCAAUAAUAACUUACAAGUAUAAAGAUCACUUAAUUUAAUUAUCUAGCGAGUUUAUUGGUUUAAUUUGCCUGUCGAUAGUUUAAGUUUCAUGUCAGUUAAUAUAUUUUUAUAUUUCAAUAUAUUUUUUUACAUUUUGGAAUUUCCCCCAUUCACCCCACUCGUAGAUCCGCCACUGGUUCUCUCGAAAAAUUGUAGUAAAUCGCUAUUGCAACAAUUUCAGUCCUUUCACUUUUUGCCGAAAAGUUGAAAAUGAUGGAGAUAUUGAACAAAAACAAUAAUUGCUAUAAAACCAAUCAGGACGCUCGCGCCUUUACCGCAUACGUACUACCUUAAAUAUUAAUUUUAACAAAAAAUGAAAGUGACCAAAAUUGUAUAAAAUUUAAUUCUCUUCAUUUUUGUAUAGAUACAAUUUUGGUUGUAAAACUAAUAAUUAGAGAGCGGAAUAUAUGCAACAAAACAUUACCAAAAUAUGCGCAUAUAUAUGCAUUACUUUUACUACAAAUAUGCAGGUAUUUUUUCUAAAUUUGUCUAAAUAUGCAAAUACAUAUUAAAAAUACUCAAAAAUAAAACAAUAUAUUAAGUCGUAAGAUCUACAGAAAAGUUGCCUUCAAAAAUACGUAAAACUUUCCUCAAACAAUCGAAGCCCUCAUUUUUUUCUAAAACUUUUUUAAAUUUAUUUCUAAUUGUAAUCCCUGUAUUUCCGGGAAUUUUUUGACAAUGAGCAGAUAAAGUGUUAACAAGAUUAACCGAAUCACUUAAUUGUAAAUUCCUUUGUUCUAAUUACUUUAUUAGAUGUGGUAAAAAACUAAAAUUAACUUUUAUGAACAUAAGUUCUUUAGCAAUUUGUACGUUACUUAAAGAACAAAGUACGUUACUUAAGCUGAAGAACAAAAGCGGAAUUGUCUACAAUUUGAUGGAUUUUUGUAUUUUGAUGCUUCUCUCUAUGUCCGUCUUUAUAGAAGUAAAAGCGAAUUUGUCGAAUAAAAACACUCUUUCCAGAAAAAUUUCUUUUGUGGCACAUGAUGCUUUUGUUUGUCAGUUCCUCAUUUAAAAAAUGAAAUGUGAAAAUGAAUGUAACUUACGAUUUUGGAACAGGCCUUGCAAAAUACUUUGUCUCCACUUAGCUUUAACUCGGGAAAACACUUUAUCCAAGCACUUUUUUGAAUGGUAGACAUAUUUAAAUUUAAUAUAUACCAAUUAUUUCAAAAACACUAAAUACGAUACAACGUUUACUUUAAACAAAUUUUGGCCGGAAACUGACAAAAUAAUUAUUAGACCCUUAAAAGCAGGUAGGUACCUGCGACUUGCUACGCUAAUAGAGUAAUAUUUUUCUGGGAACACCCAUAAUUGUUAAAUUCAGGUAGUAAUGGGAAAGUCCAGAUGAGCGAUAGAUAGAUAAAUAACGAGCUCGUUCAUAUCGAAGUUAUGAAAUUCCAACUAAGAGAGGAAAAUUUUAAACUUUUAUAUAAUUUAUUUUUAAAAUAUGCCAAAUAAAUCGUGUUUAGCUUAAAUAUGCAAUGUUGUGUUUGUUGUCUGAAAAUAUGCAAUAUAUGCAUCUAUAUAAACCUAAAAUCUAUAUAUAAACAGUUACUUGUACCACUAGAACACUCAUACGAUACCAGAAGUAGAUCUCAGUCCUUUAUUAGAACAAACUUAACAAAGAAAGUAGUUGGACAAAGAAACUUUGAAUACCUUCAAAUAAAAAUAUAUAAUUUGCUUCCUCAAACAUACAAAACCUACUUAAUUACUAUAAAUUCCUUUAAAUUAAUAAAGUGCAUAUUUCAGACGUAUCUAAAAAUAAAUAAUAGAAAAAUGUUUAACCAUCUUUUUGAAUAAAUAAAUAAUAUAAACCUGUAAACCUAUAAUUAAACACAAAAAAAAAUAAAUAAAAAAUAAACGCUCAAAAAUUGAUGAACUUCACUUCAUACCAUGUUCUUUUUGUUUAUAUUAAUUUGUAUUGUUCUUGCAUGUAAAAAUUUUACUUCUUAAAAAAAUUAUUAUUAUAUCCAACACAAUAAAAUAAUUGUUAUGUUGUAUAUCUAACACAACUAUACUAAAAUGGCCCAUGCACAACUUAAUUGUUUUAAUGGGUUCUAUGGUUUGUUUGCGUUGAAUACAUAACAACAUAUCUAAAACACAUAGAUAUUAUAUUGCAUCAUAAUAAUUAUAUAUUUUUUUAUAUGUGUAUAUUUUUCAAGUGAAUAAACGUUAUUAUUAUUAUAUUAUUAUUAUAUGCACUUUGCAUAUAUUCCGCUCUCUACUAAUUAUAAAUGAGAUAAUUGAAUAACUAUGCUCCAACUGUCACUAUUUCCAGCCAUAACUCGGAAAAUAUCGGCUGCACAAAAAAUUGUAAUAAUCGGAAAUAUAGAAAAUUACAUUUUCAAUAAUUUUAGUUUGGAUACUUUCUGUCGAAAAGUUGAAAAUGGCGGAGAUAUUGAGCAAAACGGUUCUCGUUUAAAAUCAAGAUGACGGCUAACGCAACGGCGGAAUUUAGUCGAGAUUUUAAAUUUACACUACUAUUGACUCCCUCUAAAGAUUAGAAAAAUAAAUUUUGGGGCAGCUCCUAAUGCAAGGUUAGGCCUGUUAUUCGUCUAACCCGACUGGACUAUAAGUUACAUUUUAAAGUGCAUAACAUGCAUCCAAAGUGCACAAACAUGUCAAAACCAGUAUACUAAGGGCCAGAUUUUGUUAUUAGGAAGGUUUUUGGGGCCACUGAACACGAAUACGCAACCAGAACUUAUCCCCGAUGCACCUGGUGCCCAGGGUUGCUCCAAGGCACGUUUCGGUGGAUACUGCUAAGACUCGUUGGAGUUUCGAAGAUUUUCUGAACCAAAUUAAUGCAAACAGAUUACUUUGGAGAUUUUAGGAUCGCUGAACACGAAUACGUCAUCAGAACCGACCCCCAGAGCACCUGUGUCCAUGAUCACUGCUGAGGCAGGUCAUCUUCUGGAGUUUAGAGAGUUUUCGGCACUAAAUUUAAACAAACAGAUUACUUAGGGAGUUUUUGGGGUUGCUAAAUACGAAUAUGACAUCAAAACCGACUCUCGGAGCACCUUGUGCCGAAGGUGACUGACAUAAACGUAUCUUUUGGCAUUUAGAGAGUAUACGAUUUUCGGAGAUCGGUUCUGAUAGAGUAAUCGUGUUCAACAACCCCAAAAAUCCUCACAGUAAUUUUUUGUAUCAAUUUAGUUCUGAAAAUUCUGGAAACUUCAAAAUAUGACGCCUCUCAGCAAUGACCCUGAGAACCAGAUGCUCCAGAAAUCAUUUCUGAUGACGCAUCCGUGUUCAGCGAUACCAGAAACCUCUAAAUAAUCUAUUUACAUCAAUUUAGUACCGAAAACCCUCUAAUCUCCCGGUGACGUGUCUUAGCAGUAACCCUGGGCACCAGGUGCUUCAGGAGUCAGCUCUGAUUGCGUAUUCGUGUUUAGUGACCUCAAAAACCUCCUGAAUAACAAAAUCUGGCCCUUAAUAUACGUACUGAUUUUGGCAUAUUUAUGCACUUUUAGUUGCAUAUUAUGCACUUUAAAAUGCACUUAUGCAUUUCCACCCAUUUUUCUAGUGUAGACUUUUCUUGACGUUAUCUUGAAUACAAUGCAAAAGUUGCAAGUCUCUAGGUGCUGUAUUUAAAAAUCGAUUGAUUUGUUCCUAAAUAACAUUCACAUAGGUAUUUGUCGUUUUGGAUCUGAGGGUUUUGACGACAUUAUUUCGGGUCAUUUUUGGUUGGUAUAGCCUGAUCCUAAAUGGUGAGUAAUGGACGUUUUAUUUCAGAAAACAUCUUUCCUGAUAUCAACUAAUAGUUCGACGAUAUAUUGUCGACAUAAUCAUUCGCGUUACAGGGUGUUUAGCGAUUUUGUCCAUUUUUUCUGGACCCAUAACUUUAGAACCACCUUGUCUAUUUUUUUGAUAUUUGGUACACAUACGUGGUACACAUUUGGUCUCAUUUAGAACCUAAACGAUCACAAGAAAAAUCCAGGUCCGGAAUAAAAAAAAUUUAUAAAUUCAUUGUAACCUUGAAACAACACCCUGCAUAUUUAAAAAGAACGCAAAAAAUUAAGUUUAAUGGUUUUCUUCAAUUUUUUGGUCAGUCAAUUUAAUGACUUUAAUUUUGAAAUUAUAUUAAAAUUUUCAAGAACUACGAGAUUAAAAGGAAGGUAUUAUUAACUUUCAAUAACAAAUUAUUAAAGUUAAUGAACAAAUACUGAUUUUAAAAAUAAUCAACAUUGUACAUAUUUCCCUCCUAACGUAGCUAACGAGUUAGUUUAUUUGCGUAGGUAUGCUAAAUUGUACUUGCUCUAAAUGCUCAAUAUUCACAAUAUUUAUUUACUUAAAUUUAUGUAGUUUUGUUUUUACUGUUUUUAACUAUUAAAUAUUUCGGAUCCAAGAACAUAUCCUUGGCCAAAUUAUAUUAGUAAAUAAUUUAUUUAUACUGUUUAAUUUAACGGCUUUAAUUUUGUAUAUAUUAGAUUUAAUGUAGCUUAAGUUGUUAUAUUUUAAAAUAAUAAAAUAGCAAAACAAAUAUUGCUACACGUCACUGAUUCAAUAUGUCCGGUUUAAUAUCCAGUAAUGUCCGGUAAUAAUGUCUGGUUUAUAGCGUCUUACCCCUUCCAGGGCCUAUUUUACUUAAAAGAAGGCCCUAUGUACUAUACGGGCCCCUAAAUAUAACUUAAUUUUCGGGCCCCAAAUACAACUUAAUAAUGAUACUAGUUGUUCUCUAAAGUUCUUUAAAAUGUGCCACUUCCUCCACUAAAUCUUCAACAUCGAUAUUAUUCUCAUAUUCGGUAAUAGUUUUUCGGUAGAAAAAAUGUCCUUUUUUCAAAAUUACUUAAAAUUAUUAGUGGUACCAAAAAUCUUAAAGAGUAAAAAAAUGUAGGUUUUGCUUUUCUGAAUAUUUCAGAUUUUUGCUUUUUUGAAAGAUAAAAAUUGGUUAAGAUAUGACUGUUCAAAAUUUGCAUACCCUGGGUAGAGAAUUUUUCAUUUUAAAAAUUAAUAAAUGAAAAUAGUAGUUAUCCUUGUGGGAUCGGUACUCACCGGAGGGACCGCAGACGUUCGGAUACAAUUAGCGUCUCUUUGCAAAAACAAUGACGACUUUUCUAAGUAACAAGACAUUUACUCAACACACACACUACCCAUUACAGUAGGUACCUAAUUGGAAAAAUCCACUGUACCAUAUCAAUGACCAUUAGUUGUUUUCGAGGCAUUAAGCCAAAUACAAAAAUUACAUACACUCGUGAUUAGUGACUUGUUCAAGCCCUUUCUACUACAGCCCUUUUAUAAAUAAGCACUUUAUACCGAUAAAACUCACAGAGCAUAUAAACAAUACAUAAGUAAAGUAGCUUGUCAAACGGUAAGGAUUAAUUUCAUUUGGGAUGCUAAUUAGGGGGUUAUUUUCACCAGUUUUCUUUUACCCAAAAAAUGGAUCAACUUUAUUCUGAGCGUGUGUUGCUUACUUUUUAUGCUAGAAAUUUUUUUAUAAACAAGAAUAUUGCUUUUUUAAACAUUUAAACAAGUUAUGAUGAGUUUUCCAUGAAAAGUGCUUCAUUUUUUGAUUAUUUCACGUUGAAACAUUCGAUUUGGAAUUUGACGAAUAAGAACCUACUUUUUAUUAGCUACAACUCUGCUUCUACUGGGUCUACAUACUGCACACAUACACCAUUUUUUCAAUUUUUUAAAAGCUAUAGGUAUUUUUGCCAAGAAUUUUUUUUUGAUAAAAUACUUAAAAAUACUAAAAACGUGUUAUAUUUUGUUGAAAAAUGAAGAUAUUCACUUGCAAAUAACUCGAAAUGUAUUGACUUGAUCACUUGAUGAAAAAACUUUAUUGAACAAAAGUUGCUUAGAAUUAGUCAGUUUAUCCACUUCCGGACUUAUUUGAGGAUAUAUUUUUUCACCCCCGAGAAGAGUUGGACUCAACCGUAGAGCAAAAACACACAUUGGCACAAUAUCACUUUUUUAUUUGACAUAUGUUAGCUAUGCUUAUACCAAAUUUCAUGUCAAUCCAAGCUCUUGUUUCAAAUCCAAAGGUUCUUUAAAAUCCGGAGGUUUUGCAAUAUUUUACCGUAAGUGAAUGGACUAUAAGGCCCAUCGGUGGGUUGAAAUAGAAAAAAAAAACGUACCAUACCAAAGUAAUCACCAGUUUCUAAACAAAAUUUGCAAAAUUGAUUACCAAAUUGAGGGAAUGAUUAGAACAUGGAAUAUAAAAAUGCCUUUGAAGAUAACUGCUUAAUUUGUCUUGAAGUCGGUGGUAUUUUCCUGAUAUUUGACAAAAGACAAAGCAAAAAACUGAGUUUGAUUGGAAAUCAUAAAUUAACCAUUCUCUUUUUUUUUUCUCUCAGUUAGCCCUAUUUGAUUUUUUUAACAUUUUAAUUUUUUUUAAAUUACUGCUUAAAUAUUUCAAUGUUAAUUAAUGCAUUUGUGUGGGAUACCGGCCCCAUCAAGUGCUCGGGCACUAGGCGGCCGCCUAGUCCGCCUAAUGGUUAAUCCGGCACUGGCCCUUGUCUUUCUUAUCACUAUGAUAGACGGCUCUGUGUUCUCGUCAUCUGUUUACUCUCACUUAGUUUAGCAUGUAGAUAGAUGGACAUGAAUCUAUAAGUAAGCGCUUGUUGGUUUGUUUGGACUAGUUGUUUGAAAUCAUCUCCAGUAUACCUAUAACUAUUUUAAACAAAGAUAACUCGAAGUUGUAAUGUAACAUGACCUAAUAAAAAAGUUUUAUGCAUCCCUGCUUAUUGAUCAUAUUUUAACAUCGCUAAGAAGUCAAGUAUGACGUGCUGUAAUAUUAUUAUUUUGCGUUUAGUGUACGUAUUACAACAAAUUGUAAUAUAUUAAUAAUGUCUUAUAUUAUUCAUAUCUGUAUAACAUUAUAUUAACCACAUUGUGGAUUGUUUUAUGUUGGUCGCCUUAUAGAGCACCACCCACAGAAUGUCGCCUAGCUGAAUUUAUAUGAUGUAAUUUUUUAGAAAAAUAUUAGUAUUUACUUAUUUAUAAAAGAACUUAACAUUUAAAACCUUAAUUCUACGGUUGGAAUUCUUAUAACAAGAACCGUUAAUAUUUUUACCUAAUAUCACAAUUAAUACAGUGAAAAUGAAAGUGGCAUAAGUCUUAAACUAUUCGCUGCCGAUCACCCCAUAGCGUGUGAUACGGUUACCUAAGUCAGGUGCCGUUCACACGCCAGCGAGUGAUACAGUUGAAAAUUUACAAUAAAUGCAUGUGCACUAACAGAACAUGCUUUAACAUUGAAACAGGAGUUCAAUUUCGAGGAUUCCUGUAUUUUGGCAAAAGAAACUAACCACUUAAAACGUAUUUUCUUGGAAAAGUGUUACAUACAAUCUAAUAAUUAUUCUUGCAUGAACAAAAAGUCAGACAUAGACAAACUCAGUAAUAUUUAUUGGUAUUUACUAGGACAACACUAAAAAAACCAAUAUUCUUUAUAUUAUAUACCUGGGUGUAUAUAAUAAACCAAUAUACCUAUUAUACACCUGGAUGUAUAAUAUAUUGCUUAUCUUAUGAGUUUUUAAUUUUAAAUAAUAUAUCCUUUAUAGGCCUCUGUAAUUUAAAAAACUACACUAAGAAGAACAACUAAUUAUAUUUUAAUUUGAUUGCUUUUUCUUUCUGUUUUCUUUGUAUCAGAGUUGAAAUAAUUUUACAAAAAUGCCACAAAAUAAACACAUAAAAUAAUUAUGCUCACUAAAUUUUAGAAUGGAUUUUGUCUAUUAUCUUCUCUUUUUUAAUAUUUGUGUUAUCCGUGUUGAGUGCCGUCAAGCUUUUUUAAAUAAUCUCACGACUAGUAAGUGUAUUAAUAUAAUGUAAUAUUUGUAAAUAUUUACAUUUUUGUUUUAUCUGCAUUACAGAGUCGAUUCUGAGUCUUGAUAAAGGGAGUAAACAAUCCCAAGAGCUAGACAAAAUGUCAAAAGAGUGUUUCUUUGAUAUCUUGGCCAACCUUCUGACUGCAACCCUCAAUAUUCAACUAGAGGUCUCAGCUCUCUAAAAAAGUACCAAAUAAUAAAAAAUUUGAGUUUGCCUAGUUUUUGUUAACAGUAACUAAUAAUUUAAUUUUGGUUACUAAACAAUAUGAAUUUUUAGAAAAGCUUGGAAUAUGAUAUAAAUAUAUUUUUCUCUGUAACCUCACUUAUGCCUGGUUGUACCAACAAACCUUAAGCUCCAACUUAGCCCAGCUCAGCUUAUAGAUAUGGCAGAUAUUAUGAUUAUUAUUACUGAGACGAAGUUUAAGAUGCAAUCCACUUAGCAGUCCAUUGUGGCAAGCUGAAAAUUGAUCUAAGACUCAAUUAUGCAACGCCUAUGUCUCGUAAGCUGAGCUUAAGGCACUUCUUAAGGUUAAGAUCUGUUGGUGCAACCAGGCAUUAAUGUAGUAAAAUAGUCUAUAUAGUAUAUAUUUUCCUGAAAAUGAAUUUGUUUUUUAUUUUAUUGUAUAUAUUGUAAAUUAAAAGUUUGUGAAAUAUAAUUUUUUAGUAAAA